UGUAGCUUGUUUAAGGAGAUAAAAUAUAUUCAAAUAAUAUUUAUCUGUGUUAUCAAUGUUCGUUAAUGGAAAAUUAUAGAUUUUGUUAAAUUCCAUUUUCUACAUUCUGAAAUACUAUUUGGCAAUACAAAGGGAGACGUGUAGAACUGUGUCGUACAGUGCAAAGGUUGGAUAAUGGCCCCCGUACUGCUUUUCAUGAUCUACAUUCUGUCUCUGGAACUGACGGAUGCUUUACGAUUUCCCCACAUCAGAACCGUGUCACAGCAAGAGGAUAUAGAUGUUAACAUAUCAACAAAUUCCGAGCGAAGAAUACGUUCUGCAAAUGGCUUUCCGCUAGAUUUUGACGUCAGAUUUACGUCAAAUAACGUACAUUCAGAUUUAAAAUUGAGCGUUAGUGAUGUCAGCGAUGAUGUACCAGUGGUUCUACAGAGAGCUGGGAAAAUGGUGUCUUACCGGGUCUCCUCAGAGCCCGCCGCAUUCUACAUGGAUGUUUCAAACAAAGCGGCAUUCAUCGUAUGGCGAGAUGACGAUACUGAAACGGAUAACUUUCUUUUUUUCGGGACGUAUCAGUCUGGCAAUCGAGAGCUACUCGUGCAGCCACCAACGUCCGUCGACGCCCGCCACUCCGUGAUGGAAAUUGAAGAAACCAGCCCGACUGAAACUGACUUCUUGGUAAACCCUGAUUUCGAUGCCAGCAGAGUUGAGCAGAUGGUAGCAUCAAAUGCGAAGGACUCCGACCGAGUGAAGAGACAGGAAACAGAUUAUGAAGUUGAAAUCUUCUUUGUUAUCGACUACAGUCUUUAUUCCUUCUGGUAUAUGCAAAUGACGGGCACCGAUUCAGAAAAGCAAACAUCGGCGAUUUCAGCAAUUAAACAAUUCUACGCUUUUGUUUUAAAUGCGAUGAGCGUUCGCUACAUCUCAGUGACGGGUUCAGGCUACACAAUUUCCCUCGUUUACGCGGGAAUAUCCAUUGCAACGAGUUCUACGGACGCACCGUACAUCGAAAAUAAUCUACAAGCAUUCGAUGUAAAUGGCCGUCGAGCGUUCUUGGCCACCACCGUGUUGUCUGACUUUAAGGACUGGGGAAAUACCAACCUAGAGCAGAAUUACAACUAUGAUGUCGCUAUGAUGUUUACAAGUUAUGAAAUGGGCAGAACUGUCAACGACGAGUUUGAUUCCACUGUGGCAGGUCUCGCCUACACUCCUGGAGCGUGUAGUAACUCAAGAUACAACAUAAACGAAGACCAUUUCGGAGCGGUUCUGGCCACGAUUGCUGCACACGAGUUGGGACAUAAUUUGGACGCCCAGCACGAUGGUACAGUUGACGGUAUUGGCGAACUUUGUUCGAGUGAUGAGGCGUAUGUGAUGGCUCCCUCUGUUGGCAUGUCUUCUGAUGCGAUCAAAAAUAUCCGCCAGUUCUCAUUUUCUUCAUGCUCCAUCGAUUACUUUACUGCGUAUAUCACAACGUUAGAAAAUGACGGCAAGAACUGUCUGGCAACCCGCACCGCCACCUACGACACAUCAGACCUUGACCCUUAUUUGGGUGACCUUGCCGGUCAGGUGUACACUCCAGAUCAGCAGUGUGAAUACUUGGAGGGUGACGGCUCCUACUUCUCCAGGAUCAGCUAUGAAUCGGAUUACAGCGGGAUUUGUUCCGGAAUGAAAUGUUUUGUGCCAGGAACAACUAGCUCGCAUGUAAAUUAUCUCGCCUGGGAGGGAACAACGUGUGGGGACGAAAAGCUAUGUAGUGGUGGAUUGUGCGUUGCCUCGUCCAGUGCUCCGGCUGUAGCGGAUGAGACAUGUAUGUUCGGAAACAACCCAAGCAUCGUAACGUUCGAGACGGUCACGUGCAGCGAACUGCUGGCUUUUUCCAACACCUCAUACAAAUGCUACAACAGCAGACGUCGAGAAGAUUGUUGUGAAACAUGCGAACAAAUAAGGCUCGCAAACGUUAACAACGCUGAUUGCGAGUACGGCGACAAGGCAAGCUGGUGUGCAACGUUGCCUCUGAUUGACUGCUAUAACAAUGACGCUGUUUGUUGUCAGUCCUGUCCGGAGAGAGCUCUAAAUAUACCAAAUUGCCCAUAUGGAGAUCGGUCAACGUCAUGUAAUGCAGCUGAUUGUCCAACUUAUACUGAAGAGUCAAGAACAGUUUUAUGUUGUCAAACAUGUGCAGCUACAACCACAACAAUCACAACGCCCACUACAACUACACCAACAACAACUUCAACUACACCAACUACCAUUACAACUACACCAAUUACAACAACCACAGCACCAACAACAACUACCACUACACCAACUACAACUACCACUUCACCCACUACAACAAUCACAACGCCCACUACAACUACACCAACUACCACUACCACUACACCAACUACAACUACCACUACACCAUCAACAACAACCACCACUACACCCACAACAACUACCUCAACACCAACUACCACUACAGUUACACCACCAACAACUACCACAACACCAUCAACAACUACCACUACACCAACUACAACUACCACUACACCAACUACAACUACCACUACACCAACUACAACUACCACUACACCAACUACAACUACCACUACACCCGCAACAACUACCACAACACCAAUAACAACAACCACUACACCAACUACAACUACCACAACACCAACUACAACUACCACAACAACCAGCACUACACCAAUAACAACAACAACCACUACACCAACAGCAACUACCACUACACCAACAGCAACUACCACUACACCAAUAACAACUACCACUACACCAACUACAACUACCACUACACCAACAACAACUACCACUACACCAACAACAACAACCACUUCACCAACAACAACUACCACUACACCAACUACAACAACCACAACACCAACAACAACUACCUCUACACCAACAACAACAACCACUUCACCAACAACAACAACCACAACACCAACUACAACUACCACUUCACCAACAACAACUACCACUACAACAACAACAACUACCACUACACAAAUAACAACCACUACACCUACAACUACUACCACUACACCAACAACAGCUACCACUACACCAACAACAACUACCAUUACACCAACAACAAUUACCACUAAACCAACAACGACUACCAUUACCACUACACCAACUACCACAUCACCAUCUACAGAUUCCACUACACCAACUACCACAACCCCAACUGCAGCUACCACUACAUCUACUUUGAAUAUUCAACAAGAAACAUCAGAUGCAAUGACCGUGGUAAUUGUGGCUGUGACAUGCAGCGUAGUCCAUAUUUUAAUUAGGACUAUCUUCAUCUGCGCAAUGGUUCGUGAUCACCUGAUACGGAAGAUCUAGAUACAACUCUCCUUACAGGUGUAAGUUAUGCAUGCACUAGUAGCGUUAUUAGCUUUGCAUAUCUGAAACUGUUUUGUGAUUAUUUUUAAAGGCAUAGCUGCUUAUUUUUGUUGGUAUCAAAACGUAUGAAGAACUUCAUGAUAAUCGUAAACGUCGUGUAUAUACAUAAUGAUUUUUUUAUACAUAUGAUUUUGAAACAUUGGUUUUUCGAUAUUGACACUGGCUCCGAAAGAUGGGAUUAUAAGGAAUGUCAUGAGAUUGAAUAAAUACAGCUUUUCCUAUGUAAAUAUUUUCUCGGCGUUAAGAGUUCUGUAAUAAUUGUGUGGCGUUAAGAGUUCUGUAAUAAUUGUGUGACUUUAGGUGAAUGUGGUAGAUUACCAGUGAUCACUAUUUAUGUCUCAAAAUGUGUCAAAUAUUGGCGCAAAGUUUAACAAAUGCCUGGAUGUAGAUUCACUUAAAAUUCAUAUGUUAUGAUAAAAAAUCUGUGUAAUCUAGGUAGGCGUACAUGGGCAACUUAUAUCAAAGAAAAUUUUAUAUUGUUUGCACAUGGUUUUGGCUAUGCUUGUUUUUUUCUCAGGGUGUUGUAUGCAUAGAAAAUACUAGUUUAGUGUCGUGGAUGGAGGAAGUUUAUCUGGUAAGACGGAGAAAAUUAUCACCCGAUAAAUUCCACAGCCAGGCCAGAUCAACUUUCUCCAUCCACGACACUAACCUAGUAUUCUAUUUAUCCUGUUACUUUGUUUAUCAAAACAUUAUAAAUUACCCUAAAAUUAUCAAGUACUUUAAAAAAAAAUGGGAUAACUGUAUUUCUCUGUUCCCACACUCGGUAUCUAUGUUAAAUGCGCCCCUAAUAUAGUUCUCAAACCUUUUCAAUUUAUUCAAUACUUAUAUGCAUUUUAUUAAGUCAAUAUCAAUUCAAAUCAUAAAAAACUUUUAAAAGUACUUAAACGUGGAUCAGUCAACAAACAUUAUCUUAUCAUGUAACAAUUAUUCCGCAAGUCACAGACUACACAGAUCACGAGCGUUUACAAACAAUCGCCACAUGUCCAAUGAAUUUAAAUUAUUUUGAUAUUAAAGAAUAUAGUGUUUGAUGUUUAGAACUGCACCGGCAAAGAGAAAAUUCAUUUCUUUGUAAGUGAGAUUUUGUCAUUCACCACCGAAAUGGAAUUCACCAUCGUUGAAUGCUGUACAUUUUCAUAUGACCACAUGAAUGUAGAUAAACAUGACGUGGUCAACUACGAUACUUAUAAAUGCUUUAAGUCUUUAUUGAAUGUUGAUAGAUACCUUAAUAUUAGUUAACCGUGUCCUAUACGAAAAUCAUUGGCUAGAUCAAGAACCUCUAGUCAUAAACUCCAUAUUAAAAUUGGUCGAUGUUUUAGUAUUGAUAGAGAUGAUAGUGUUAGUAUUUAUUGUUUAUUGGACAAAUACAUACUAGUACUUGGUUUUGAAGAUGAAUAUCAUGUAUUUCUGAGUAUUCAAGAUUUCAAGACAUCAUGACAAUAUUUAUUUCUUGGUAUUGUGAAAACAGUGUCAUUAGUGUUCAUUUCUAUAAUCUAAUGGCAUCGGAAAAUGUUACCCAUAUCAAAUCCACUGCUCUUUAUGUUCCUAAACCCACAACUCUAAUUAAGUUACAUAUAAGUAUUUUGUUAUAUUUGAUUUGCAUUGUAACAUGUUAAUUUAGUUCGUUAUAAUGGUUAUUAUAAACAAAGUCUUAGACAAUUUGACACGAAGUAAAAAAAAAUAGUUAGUAAAUAUGGCGUUUUUGUUGAUACUAAAAUAGUUUUAGUUUUGGUUUCAAGGGUUUCGAAACCUGUUUCGAAGGUUUUGAUUAAAAAAAACAAAUGCAUGGUUUUGUAUCAAUGAAUUUGUGUCAAUUAUAUGACGCAUUAUAUGACGCAUUUGUUGGUUCUAUUUUAAAUUAUUCGGCAGAGGUUUGGGGCUAAAUGUAAGGAGUUAGAAGGAAUUCAUUUAAAUUUUGUAAAAGAUUAUAAAGAGUCAAAAUAAAUACUUGCAAUGUCAAUGUUUAUGGCGAAUUUGGAAGAUUUUCGUUAUAUAUUUGUAGAUAUAUGCUAAUAUUGUCAUAUUGGUUUAAAGUUGCUACCACUGAUAAUAUUAUCAUCAAAACUUCAUAUGCACAAGCUAAGAAUGAUUGUGUUAAAGGUUGUCGUAAUUGGGUGUAUAACAUAAGAAAGAUAUUAAAUGAUUUUGGUUUUAGCCAUGUUUUGGACGAUAUCUACAAUAUUGAUGUUGAUAUAUUUAUAGUUUUGAAAUGUAGAAUAUAUGAUGCUUUUAAACAAGAUUGGUAUGGUGCUUUAGAAAAAAGCACGGUGCUAGAUAUGUAUAGAUAUUUUAAGACUAGUCUUGAAUAUGAAAGUUAUUUAGAGCUUAUUAAACUAUGUCUGUGUAUUAAAGAUUCGCUUAAAGUAAGAUCCACAAUAAUUAAUGUUAGAACUUAAUAUUGUACCAUUUGUUCAUCCUCUUAUUUAGAUGAUUUUUGUAUAUAUGUAUAUACUCGUUUGUAUUACAUUGUUUGCUAUUAUGCAUACACGUUCACAUUGAUCAGCAAUAACAUAUGUGUUGAUGACGAUGUACACUGUACAAAUCGAAAUAAACUGUCUGUCUGUC